UGAAACAAGCACUCGAGGUUCAGGGGGUCCUCCAACAGUGUCUGGAGACGCUGGAAGGAUCCUCCGCCUUGGCCCGUGAUGAAGGGAAGACUUUCUUCGUUAAAGAGCAUAUAUCUUGACUCAUGAACCCGGCUACCACUUCUAAGAUGCUGCAUGAUGUCGACACAACUAAUGGAGAUGCCUCGGCCGCUUUAAUGGCACCCGAUUACCACUCAUUCUUCCGGGUUCGUGUGAAUAGCAAGUAUGGCCGGUCGAAAGGACUUCCUCCAUUGAAUGAAACUGUCCUCCCAGAUGGGUACCUGGCUACCUGGCAACUGGCAUUUCUUAUCCGAAAUCCUGCCUUAGUUUUCCCAUCGAUGUACCGGGCUGAUCGGGCUCUGAAGGACCUUUAUCCUUCGGGUGACAAUCCCUUCGAGGGUCUGUUGUCGGAGAGCUAUUUGAAAGUUACUCUAACUCUACGCUGGACACGGAUGCUCUACGAUUGGUGUGCUCGCCGGAAGGGACAGGCGCAUCGAAUCAUUCUGGAUGCCUCUGACCUUAUCCACAAUAAGGGCUCUAUAGUAAAAUUCUGCGAGCAAACGGGACUCGACCCCACAGUUUUAAAGUUUGAGUGGGAGAGUGUCGGUCCUGAGGAUAAAUCCUCGUCAGGAGAUGGAGCUUCCGAGCAAGACUCCAUACUUCAGAAAGCUGAAACUACCAUGAGAACAACUCUGAUGGGAUCCUCCGGGGUGUUAAAAGAGAAGGCGCCCGAAGUUGUCGAUAUUGCUUCGGAGGCGGAAAGGUGGAAGCAUGAAUUUGGCGACAAGGUGGCUAAUUUAAUUCUCGAGAGGGUUCAUGAAGCAAUGCCCGAUUACGAAUAUCUCAUGCAACGGAGGUUGGUCUAAGUUUGCUACAUUGCUCGUCGGCGUCGACAAUAGGUGGGAUUCUUAGUCUGUCUCACUUCUGUACCUUCUACUGAAUGGACACAAUCAUAAGAAGAUGUAUAAUAAAGGAGGAUGAUAAGGAAAGAAAGCA